CGAUUCGUGCGCCAAUUAUAGCAUCAACUGAUGACUAUGAUGUUAAUCAAAAUUCCAAGCAAGAUGAUAACGUCGGUAAAUUCACAAAUGUAGACCCUGCUCAAAAUAUUCACUCGUUAUUAGCUCCCAUCGAAGAGGAGUUAUCUAAAUCAAACCAGAAUUCAUUACGUUCUACAACCAAAAAAACAGUUCCUGAUUCAUCUGUUCAUGUAAAACCUACACAUUUACGUGAAUCUUCAAAUUCUUUGCAAAUGUUAUUUGUUAACACAGUUGUUGGGUUGAAUAGUGAAAAUACAUCAGAGGGCUCGGAUCAAAAGAAUGAUAAUUAUUCUCAAAAUGACGUUAGUAAAAGAAAAACUAUUUUGUCUGAAAAAUUUAGUUUAGCGAUAAAGAAAGGGUGGAAUAAUGAAUUUGUUGAAGCCGAAGAAAUAUUGAUGAGGCGUAGAGAUGGAAUUCCAAGAUGGUGUGUUGCUUUUGCCGAAGUGCAAUUAGUUAAACAUUUAAUGACAGGACAAGCUGUGGAAUAUCAAGAUCCAGAGUUAAUAAAUUCACUAAUGGAAGCAGAAAAGUUAGCUAGCAAGGUUUGUGAGAACAAGGAUGAUUUUGAAACAACAUUUACUCUGUUUAUAACAGAUGUUUGGAAAACUGAUAUAAAACCAACUAGUACACCUAAUGAAGAUGAGGCCGAAUUUGCAUCUCUUCGUGCAAACUAUCGAUGGGAUUGCGAAUUGGCAAUGGCCGACAUUCUUCUUUUCCGGUCAGUUUUGCAAGUUAUUAGCGGUAGCGAGAUUAAAGGCGCGUUAAAUUUACGUAGAGCAUGGAAACUUUACUCCAAAGUUAAAGAUGAAAUUGAUCGAAUUAAAGGAGAAUCCAAUAAAAAUGUUCAUAAAAACGAGUCAAGCAGUGCAAAUAGCAAUAAUAGUAAUCGAUGGAGUCUUAUGGGAAUAUCUAGUAUGGUUAGACUUGGUGGUCAUACACAAGAGGGUUCAGGGGGUGUACAUGAUGCCAUCAACUCGAUAAAAGUUGAUCCUGACAUUGAAGAUUGUCUCGAGUUUGGAAUUGGAAUUUUUAAUUUUAUUGUUUCCAUCGUUCCUGGUUCGUUUUUGUCUAUGCUAAAAACGUUCGGUUUUAGCGUUGAUCGAGCGCAAGCUAUUCGUAUGUUAGAAAAUUGCUAUUCUCGUGAUGGUAUUCGAGCUCCUUUUGCUGCAUUCUUUCUUCUUGUAAAUUACCUUUUCUUACCUCGAGGAAUUGCCGACGCUGCACCAUCAUUGACUAGAGCUGGCAUUAUUGCCAAAGAAUGUGUCAAUAAAUACCCAAAUAGUUCACCAUUCUUAUUUAUGGCUUGUCAGCAAGCCCGUAAAACAGGUAGUCUUAAUGAAGCAAUAAAUUAUAUAACAACUGGUGUUAGAAGCUGUGAAAACGUUGGUGCCACCAGUACACACCAUCG